AUGUAUCGGCCGGACCUCCUGGCAUUUUUACUGCCUCUGCUGGCUGCGCCGGCCUAUGCCGCAGAGACACUCGACUGCGCAAAAAUACGCGCUGAUGGACAUACUUUCGACCUCUCCAAGCUUGGUGGACCGCACUCAAUCGUGACAACGCGGUUCGUGCCCAACCCGCCGGAACACUACAACACGACUUAUACGCUUGAUAUCUGCAAGCCCUUGAAAAAGAGCGGUGAUAACAAGCCCGGAGAAUGUCCAAACGGCACAAGAGUUUGCGCCAUUACACAUCUUCUCGACGACAGCGAUAAGGUCACAAAAGUUGUUGCGAUUGCAGGAAACCUCGAGAACGCUGGCGGUUCUCGAUUCGAAGUUACUCCCACGCGACUCAAGACAAGCGAAUCUACUUCCGAUAAACAGAAGGAGGGCGUGCGAUUGGUUCUAACAGGAGGCAAGGAUCCCCUCGGAGGCCCUGUCAAGGAGAGGACGAACCAAAAGGCUAUCAUCGAAUUUAUUUGUGACCCCAAGAAGGAGGGAACCGAAGGCGAGUGGGUAGUGGAGGGGAAGUCCAGCAAGCGGGCUGAUGAGAAGGACGAUGGCGAUAAGAAGGACGACGACAAGAAAGAUGACGACAAGAAGGAUGAUGACAAGAAGGACGACGACAAGAAGGAAAAGGACGGUGAUAAAGAUGAGGGCGAGUCUACUCUUGAGCACCAGCUGAAGCACGACAAUGCUUCUCUUAUCUGGGAUGGCUUUGAGGACGAGAAGGACGCCAGAGUCUUGCGUCUGACAUGGUACACGAAGUAUGCUUGCGAGAAGCGAGAGGAGAGUGGUGGUGGUAGUGACGACGACGGAGACAGCACAAGCUCUCACUGGGGCUUCUUUACCUGGGUCUUUUUCAUCGCUUUCUUGGGCAUCGCCGGCUACCUCAUCUUCUCAUCGUGGAUCAACUUCACCCGUUACGGCGCCCGAGGCUGGGACCUUCUCCCCCACAGCGACACCAUCCGUGACGUUCCCUACCUAUUCAAAGACUGGAUCCGUCGGGUUCUCAACACUGUGCAAGGUACGGGCAGUCGAGGUGGAUACAGUGCAGUCUGA